CUUGCCGCCUGGUUUAAGACAAGCUGGAGUGUAAUGGUUUUGCGCAAAGCGUAGUACUUUACUUAUAAAUAUGUAAAGACGUCUACGUCUUCUCAGCAAAUAAUCAUAAAUAUACAUCAUCUUCGCAUAUAGCUGGAGUGAGCGCAAAUUUUUGUGAGGGUGCCAAAAGUGAUGAGGCCCAGAGCUCAAAACAACGUGCGCGACUCGGUGUCUUUAGACUAUUUUCCGGGCUCUGGAAGUGCCAAGGCCCGCCCAGAAACGAUCAGCGGGCGGCCGGCCCGGUCUCGGGUGUGGCGAGCCUGCCGCCCUGAGCUCGCCGAUUAGUGCCGAAAUUAAGUACGAAUUUUUUGCGUGGGCAGAGGAGCACCCAACCGGAUCGGGCCGCCACUCGCCCCCGGAUAUGGAGCGCCGCCCCUAUUUCGCAAGGCGGCCGGGCGUCGGGAAACGCGGCGGGCCGCGGAUGCACAGUGCGGCCAGGGAGGCGGUCACCCUCCCCGGUCGGAAGUUGGCGCAGUAUAGUCGUCCGGGCGAGCGUCGCCCGCGGCCAUGGUGGGGCGCUGCCUCCCGUCUUGCAGCCCCACGGGGUGCCGCCAUGUGAUCUCCCAAGCGGGCGCCGCCGAAUGCCGCCGGUGGCUGGCUGUUUGUCAGCCUGGCCUCACUGCCUGCCGCGCGAGUUGCCGGUCCCUCCUUGCGUUUCUCUGAUUACUUAUCAAUACGAGUUGUCCCCGUGCCGAAGUAAUCAUUGCUUCGGGAAUCAUGAUUACUAUUGCAUUAAGGCUAUACGUAUAUGAAUUAGAUUUAUGAUGAUGAGCGCGAGCAGCUGCUAGAGGUC